AUGAGGCUAGGAUACGAUCGAGACGUCGCUGAUGGAGAGGCCCGACUUCCACUCGUGCGUCGCAGGCCCCUCCGCCCUGAAUCUCACGAUUGGUACGGCCCUAGUGACGUCGUGCCCUAUAACCAGUACCCAAUGCCCCAUCGGACACGAAUCGACGAACUACAAAGGCCCAACGGAAGGACACCCAGGGGAUAUUCCAGGAGUAUGAGUCUCGAUGCAUACCCGCCUACAAUGCCCAUGCCGCCAGCACACCUGAUGCGUGCCUCAACAGAUGUUUACAAGAAACGCCCUCAGUUCUCGGUAUAUGAAGCAGACGAAGAUGAGGACGAUGAUGAACGCUGGCCGGCUAUGAAACCACGGGGUAGACAUCCGGAGCCCGCGAGGCCUCGGCAGGUGGUCCGAAGACGGAGAGAGCCUACGCCCGAGUCGACACCCCCGACAGAUAGUGAAAGCGAGAGUGAGAGUGAGAGCGAGGAGGAAAGUGACGAUCAGAACCAGAUAGAGGUUGUGGUGGAAGAACCAGAGGAGAAACAUAAACACCAUCAUCGUCGACACCGUCGAUCACCCAGCCCAGACGAUUAUCUCAGUUCACCAGAUGAAAAGAGAACGCCACGGAGGAGAAAUCGGAUGCCAUCGCCAUCGACCUCGGACGAAAUAGAAAUAAGAUAUCGACAGGCUUCUUCUGAAAGAGGCUCGCCGGACCGCAGACCUGCUCUGAGACGAGAGAUCAGCGAUACACCCAGAUACAGUCUCCCCACAAGAUUCAAUAGUGUACUUGGUGCUUCUCGGCCACCCGUGGCUUCCAGAAGAACUGCCAAGGUGGUUGAGUCUCGUGAAUUAGUUCGUGAAGGCCGCCCGCGGAGACUACCUAUAGCUACAAUUGAAACUGUUGAAGUCUCUAGGGAGUCUUCACGACGUCCCCCAAGCAUAGCCCGCAGCGGAUUUGGAUCAUCCAGAAACUCAUCCCCAGACCGACCCCGUUUAAUCCGUGAUUGUAAAGGCUGUUUAGACGAGGUCCCUGCCUCUAAAUGCCCCAAACUUGAUUGCGGCCAUCGUAUGUGCCACAGCUGUCUGAAGAGGCGGUUCAAGCAAUCAAUGACAGAAGCUGAACAUAUGCCGCCAACAUGCUGCACCGAUGCCCACAUUGGUCUGGAGCAUGUUGACAAGCUUUUUGAUUCUACGUUCAAAAGAAUAUGGAACAAGAAGUUUGUCGAGUACUCCCUCAGGAACAGGCUCUAUUGUCCGUCACGACGAUGCGGUGAAUGGAUUCGACCAGCUGAUAUUUACCGCGAUCGCGAGACAGGACGCAAAGCUGCUCGUUGUGAUCGGUGCAACACUAAAGUUUGUGUUGCCUGUAAUGGCAGGUGGCAUUUUGCGAGCAAGUGUCCUAGGGAUGAAGAGACGGCGAGGUUUCUUGAGUAUGUCAGAGUUGAGGGGCAGAAGAGAUGCUAUAGAUGCGGUGCUUCAGCUCAGCUCCGAGAGGGCGACAAUCAUGCACUAUGUCGGUGUGGUGCCGAAUUUUGCGUCGUGUGUGGAGAGAAACCCAAGAGAUGCGAAUGUCCAUGGUUCGACCCUGAUGCUCCCGAAUCCGAUCACGAGCAAGAGGUUACACAUCGAGGCGAGAUUCAAGUCUUCCGUGAAGAUAGCACUGAAGAAGAAUCUCGUGUUGCUCGACGGCCACGAAAAGCUAAACCCUCACGGCCCCCGAUUUACGAUGAAGAAGCUAUUAUGCGUCAACAACAGGAGGAACGUGACGAUGAAUUGGUCCGCAGAUCACACUACCAUGGCAAAGACUACGAAUACGAUAUUGGAGGUGCUCCAGAAAUACCUAGGUCUAGCGAUCCUUACUCAGGCGAUAGUCCUCGCCGUGUAGGUCGUAGAGUCGUCGGUGCGCCUCCAUCAUCACCAAGCCGAGCAGAGUUCGAAAGAGGCACCCCCAGAAGCGGAGGAUACUACGGCGGACGAAUGGACAGACGCCAUGCCGAAGACCGUUACGUUCCGGACUCUCCAGGCAUGCGACCUCCACCAAUGGGAAUGCCACCUCCCGUCAUAGAGGAAGGAUACCGCGGAGGUAUAGGACCUCUCAUCGUCGAGCGUGAUCCAAACACUUACGACGACGACGAUUCGUACUACAGCCACAGCUCGCGCAGUCGAAAGGGUACGCGACGCAGCGAGAAUCGAAAGUCUUCCGAGCUCGCCGGUCUCGGUCCACGGACCCCGGGAUUGAACCGGAUCGACGUCUGGCGGACGUUUGUUGAGCCCGGCGAUCCCGAGGGAGAGAUAGCCGCUGCAGCUGCCCAGUUGAUUAUCUCGCCGCUGGACAGCACCCGAAUCCCGUUGUCCAAAAGCCUCUGUGGCGGCCGUUCCCAAUCAGGACCUAGAUAUCACCUUUUUAGCAGGUCCCUUUAUACAUGGAGAGUAUACAACCAGGUCCGCGUCAGGACCAAGCCUUUCGAGUUCCUGAAGUUUGUCCCGCCGCACAGUCUGAACUCCUUCUGGGAGACAGGCAUCGUGAAGGGAUGGAUAGUGUACACAGCAGGUCGAAUCAUGCUUCUACUACAUCAAGUCGGCAGCCUCAAGACAGGCGAAGUCGUUCGCUAUACUAUAACAUACAUACCCUCUCAAGACCGGAUCCUGCCGUCACCUGAGAAGCUCUUCCUGCGCGUGCGCAACACCUCGGCCAUCGCUCUCCGAGCCGCUUUCGUCCACGGACCGUAUACUCUUUCCGCAGCCGCUUACCCCGCUGCGUUCAACCCCAACGAGAAAUUCGAAUAUCCUGAGCGCUAUGGAGUUCCAGAGUUUGAGCCCAUGGUCAAGGCGGGUGGUUCUUGGGAGUGUGAGCUUGUGGUUCCGGUUACAAUCCGACAGAGUGCUGGGUUAGGAAGUCAUGGGGGUUUUGGAAAGGCGCCAGAGCAUAAUCAUGAAAGCGCCAGUUGGAUCGUUGAGGUUUCUUCGCAGAUUCUGUUCUCGACUUCUGCUGCUGUUGGGUAUGAGGUUGUGCUGGCUCGUGACAAGAAGUCCUUGAGCCUUAGCAACUCAAGUCCUGUUGUCGGUGGACAAUCUCAAGUUCCUCAGCCCGGAAAGGUUAGCGACUACCAACAAGGUGUGGAGGCCAAAGAAGGACAUCAUCCUGCGCAACCUCGAGGCGUCUUUUCUCGCGCGAUACAACUCAAGGUCGAAGAUACUGCAGCAUUGUGGAAUACCCCCAGACUUCCAGGCUGGGAUGACAAGGGAGAAGGGCGCGCUGAAAAGCGUUCAGGUCCAGAUCAGCAUGUAGAAAGUGUUGUAAAGACUGGCGAUCCCGAAACGAAAGGCGAUGAAUCAAAACCAGAGAGCCCCAAAAAGAAACAGAAAAAGGUCCACAUGGUGGUUCUGACACAUGGUCUGCACAGCAAUCUUGGCGCAGAUAUGCUCUUCAUGAAAGAGAGCAUUGAUGCAGCUGUCAAGCAAGCCAAGAUCGAUGCCAAGGCACGGCGGGCCCGGGAACGUGCCGCGAGGAAACAAUCAGGCAAUGGUCUUGUCGAAUCAGAUUCUCACGAUACAAAGGACAUGGACAAAGUGGAGGGUGAAGAUGAUGAGGACGAUGAUGAUGAAGAGGUUAUUGUUCGUGGUUAUUCAGGCAACUCGACGAAAACUGAACGAGGAAUUAAGUAUCUCGGGAAGAGGCUCGCUAGAUACGUGCUGUCCAUGACAUACCCAGAUCAACCAUUCCUACCGACAGGGAAAGGAAUGACGGAUGCUGUAACUCAUCCUUUCGAUAAGAACGAUCCCCAGCAGAAAGCAGUACACAAACACAGUACUAUUCAUCUCGGCAAGGAUGGAGCACAUCUUCACAAGGCGGAGCGUCCAUACAAGAUUACCAGCAUAAGUUUCAUUGCUCACUCUCUAGGUGGUCUUGUUCAGACUUACGCCAUUGCAUAUAUACAAAAACACUCACCGCAGUUCUUCGAUCUCAUCAAGCCGAUCAACUUUGUUGCUUUGGCUACACCAUUCCUGGGUUUGAGCAACGAAAACCCUUUAUACGUCAAGUUUGCUCUGGACUCUGGUCUCGUUGGCAGGACAGGAAAGGAUCUUGGUCUGACAUGGAGAGCGCCGACACUUGCAAGGAGUGGUUGGGGUGCUAUUGUGGGAAACCUGGGUGAGACGGCGCAUAAGAAGGUUUAUGGGGAGACGCAACCUGAGUCGAAACCGCUUCUGAGAAUCCUACCUACGGGUCCUGCGCAUACCGCGUUGAAGAAGUUCCGCAACAGGACUGUAUACUCCAAUGUGGUCAAUGACGGUAUCGUCCCGCUUCGCACAAGUUGUCUUUUAUUCCUGGACUGGCAGGGACUCGGGCGUGUUGAGAAAGCUCGACGAGAUGCUGGCUUGGUCGAAACAGUCGUUGGAUUCGGAUGGGCUGAGUUGACAGGUACGAAUCAGGCUCGUCAGAAGCAACUUGGAAACGGCUCAGCAGGACAGUCUGGUACUUCAUCUCCUCAAACUCACGAAAACAUGCGCGAGGUUCCCCAGCCACCCAGCACGGCUAUGGUUGAUGAUGAUAGAGCGAGUCUACGUUCUGUGGCAACGCCGUAUGGCGACGAGGUACCGUCUGACUCUGCUGAUUCAACCAACAGCGGUCCAUUGGCAGGAUUCUUCAAUUUCUUCAAGAGCAAUGAACCUCCCAAGCCUCCGAAUGUGUCCCAGAGGCAGAAGAAGAUAUACUCCAAGAGUCAAACUCUCAAGCUUGAUGAAUUAGCCGAUGGGAGUGGUGAUACUGCUUCUGAGACUGCUUCAGCUAAACAGUCCAAGGUUACAACAGGUCAUGAGGGCGAAGAUGAGAUGACUGCUCCUCCAAGAACGACUAUCUUUGAAUCAGCAGGUGAUCUGCUCAACCCCAAGGUACCGGAUGUUGAGUACUUGAUCGAUCCAUCUAAGCGGCCGCGAACUAUCUUCCACGAUCGAGUCUAUCACCCAGCCGAUAUACCAGGUCCUCCUUUGAAGAGGCGCCCUACGACACUGAUCAGAAGGAAGACUGGCCAACGACAGAACUCAAUAGGACAGGCCUCUACCAGCAGCGCGGAUUCGUCGCCUUAUCCUCAUGUGAAUCAUGAGGACAGUUCAUUGUCAGCUAAAGACUACGAUGAUACAGCGAACACGAAUCCUGAUAAAGAUAUCCAUGAAGUCAUCGACACUUCGAACAUGCGAGUUGAGGAGAAGAUUGCAAGAGCCUACCAUAAGGACCUGUCUUGGAGGAAGGUUCUCGUCAAGGUUGAGCCCGAUGCUCACAACAACGUUCUGGUCCGCCGCAUGUUUGCCAACGCGUAUGGCUGGCCUGUCAUCAAGCACUUAGUCGAUGCCCACUUCAGCGACUCGGCGGCCUCUCGUCUUCGCGACGAGGACGAACACAAUCGCGAGCGGGCCCGUAACAUGAACGAGCCUCCUGACGAGCACGGAGCCGAGCUCAAGAAGAGUCGAGACAACUUGGCAAGUAUGACUCGAACAGAUAGUGAGUCUCGGGAAGCUAUGGAUAAAGUAUCGGAUCUUCCGAAGUCACAGCAGUCUCAAAGAGGGAGCGAUGCAUCAACGCACCAGCGGCCAAAGACGGAACGUGCGGACUCUGUGACGUGGAGCGAGCGAGACUGGCACGAUAGUGACUGUGAUAGUGAUCUUGAUUUUGGAGGAGAUCUGCCUGCGCCAACGUCCCCAUCGGCGCUUCAUCAGCAGGACAAGGGCAAGGAGGCGCAGGGGCCGUCGGGCGGGUGGAACUGGGCGGAGAAGAUUGUGGGCAAGGGAGCUUCACGGGCGAAGAGUCCCGUGCAUGGAGCUAAAGAUGAAUAA